GGGCUGUCGGGGCGGGAGGUGAGGCGGCGGCCUGGCUGCGCGCUGUGCUUGGGGCGGAGUGGGCUCCCGGACACUGUGGGCCCCUAGCGCAUUCCUGUCGCCUUCCCGGCCUCCGGCCCGUCCCUCCACCCCCGACCCAGCUCAUUCAUUCAGCCGGCAGCUGGCCGCCCUCGGCCGGGUGGGUAGGGUAAACAAGUGUGGAGCCGGGCGCUGGGAGCCGAGUCUGCGGGAGUCGGGGGAGGACGGCUGCACAAAGGAGGUGACGCCGGAACCCGUCUUCAGGAAUCAGCGGAAGUUCCUGUGUAGUGUGGAAGGUGCGGAGACACUGUACUGAGUGCUUUAUCUGCAUUAUCGUUGGAUCUUCAUAGCAAUCCAUUGUGAUGGAUACUGGUGUUGUCUCGAUUUUAUAGAUCAGGAAAUUGAAGCCCCAGAGACUUUGCCUUAGGCACACAGUAAAUGGUACGGUCAGAAAUUGAAUUCCCAAGGCUAGGCUAAACCUUACCACUGCACUGCCUCGCUAAUAAUGUUAUACUUCUAAGCGACAUAUUUGACAAAUGUCCUUUUAACAUGUUUUGUGCUCAGCUCUGUAUUCGUUUGCCCUCCAAAGGGACAUAGGCAGGUAGAAGCCCCAAUCCUUACCUUGUAGGUUGUAUUCACCGGAACCAGUCAACUAAAAAUGCAAAGCAGAGUCCUCCAGUGAGUGCUACAGGCUAUUCAGAGGAGGGAGAGAUGGCAAUCAGCUGGAGUUGCUGAAUGCGUCUGGAAGGAGGCUGAUGUGAGCUGGCUGUGAUUUGGAAAAUCAAUGGGAAGACGUUCCAGGUCAGGAAGAGAAAGACUCAGAAAUACACGGGCUCCAGCUCUGGCAGUGUCAAAGCAAGCCAGACCUACAGACCUCCCAGGAAAGCAAAACUCCUUUCCUUCACCCAUGAAGCUCAGAUCAUCUUGUUGGAUAUGAGACUUUUUCCUUAUUUUUUCCAUAUAAUAUUCACCUGACUUGUGUUUAGAGUUGCUGGUGCUGGCUUGCCUUCAUUCUUGGUGCCCUCUACUGUCUCUUCCGCAGUCCUGCUAAAGCUGCUCCUUAGCCCAGUCCCCAAGACUGAAUGGUGCCUGUGUCAGCAGCCAGUGCCGUUUCAGGAGGCAGCGAAACAUUUGAAGAUAUGACCAAAGAUUGGAAGUCUUUCGAAGCCUCUCAAAAGGACUGCUAGAGGGACACAAUGCUGGACAGUUAUGAAAACAUGCUCCCAUAGGCUUCCUUCUUGUAGUUCUCCAUGAUGCCACGGACAGCUGGAAAUGAUCCACCCGGUAUUUCAAAUGCAGGUGAAAUGGAAAUGGAGAUAAGUAACAUGAGAGAAAAGUUUCUUACAAGCGUAAUAAAGUUAGUAGAAAGCAAAAGUUACAACAGCAAGGUAUUUUCCAAAGAAAAGUACUUUCAAACAAUAAAGGAAGUCAAAGAAGCUAAAGAAAAGGGGAAGAAGUCAUCACGUGAUUAUCGCCGUGCAGCAAAAUACGAUGUGAUCUCUGUGCAAGGCACAGAGAAACUGAUCGAGGCUACUCACAGAGAACGAGAUCGAAUACGGUAUUAUGUACAUGAAGAAGAGUUGUUUGAUAUUCUUCACGAUACACAUCUCAGUAUUGGACACGGUGGGCGGACACGCAUGCUCAAGGAGCUGCAAGGAAAAUACGGGAAUGUCACCAAAGAAGUCAUUGUCUUAUAUCUGACUCUUUGUAAACAGUGCCACCAGAAGAAUCCAGUACCCAAGAGAAGCCUUGCACCAAAGCCCAUGACUUUUAAGGACGUGGACUCCAGGUGCCAAAUUGAAAUACUUGACAUGCAGUCAAAUGCUGAUGGCGAGUUCAAGUUUAUUUUAUAUUACCAAGACUACUUGACCAAGUUUAUUAUUUUACGGCCAUUAAAAACCAAACAGACCCAUGAGGUGGUCAGUGUCUUGUUGGAUAUUUUCACAAUUCUUGGUACACCCAGUGUGUUAGAAUCUGACAGUGGCAUAAAGUUCACAAACCAGGUUGUUGAUGAGCUCAAUGAGGUAUGGCCAGACCUAAAAAUUGUCUCUGGUAAAUACCACCCUGCUCAAGGCCAGGGCUCCCUGGAACAAGCAAGCCAUGAUGUAAAGAACAUGGUAAGGGCCUGGAUGCAUAGUAACUACUCACGGAACUGGGCCGAAGGCCUGCGAUUCAUGCAGAUGGUGAGGAAUCAGGCUUUUGACGUUUCUUUGCAGCAAAGUCCAUAUGAGGCAAUGUUUGGUUGUAAAGCCAAACUUGGGCUGUAUUCCUCAAACUUGCCCCGGGAAACUGUGGCCAUUUUACAAACAGAGGAAGAGCUAGAAGUUGCUGAAGAACAGCUAGAAAACAGCCUUUGGAUCAGGCAGGAAGAAAGGGCCGAGAUCGGAGCAGACAGAUCUGACAUGGAUGAGGACAUGGAUCCCACUCCUGAAGCCACAGAGCCCAGCACCUCACAGGGGACCCCUGGUGUCCUCUGCUGAUGAACAGAUGCCUGCGUGGAUACUUACAAUUCUCUGAGCGUUAUGCAGUCAUCUGAGAACUGUUUCUAGAAGCCCUAAGGGAAAGGAAUGAAGGCUGCACUCUCAGGUUGAGUUGUACAUAGUAGUCCUUGCUCAAAGGGCAAGAGUGGGUUGGGUCUGUGUAUUUGUUCUUGGGGCUGCCAUAACAAACUACCACAAACUUGGCAGCUAAAAACAACAAAAAUUUAUUCUCUCACAGUCCUUAAGGCCAGAGGUCUGAAAUCAAAGUGUUGGUACGGCUGGUUCCUUCUGGGGGCUCUGACAAAGGAUCCAUUCCAUGCCUUUCUCCAGUGGUGGCCAGCAUCCAUGGUGCUCCUUGGCUUGUAGCAGUACAAACCCUGUCUCCACCUCUGCCUUCACGUGGCCUUUUCCCCUGUGUCUCUGUGUGUAUUUUCCCUUUCUAUCUCUUACGAGGACACCGGUGGACACCAAAUUCAUGUCAUUGGAUUUAGGCCCACCCUAGUCAAAGAUGAUCUCAUCUCAAGAUUCUUACCUUAAUUAUAUCUGCAAAGACCUUUUUCCAAGUAAAGUCACAGGUACCAAUGGUUUGAAUUUGGACAUAUCUUUUUAGGAGACACAGUUGUCACCACAGUCAACGGAAGAACAUGUUUGCCGAGCAAGAACUGCUGGGGUGUUGAGAGUGUAGAACUGAUGGGACUGCGCUACAUACACCUAGUACAUAUUCCUGCCCUCACAUACCCCAAAGGAUGGAGGCAUCAGAGGGAAAGAUGUAGAUGAACGGAAAGUAAUGCAAAGAAAAGAGGUUAAUUCAAAAUACCUUAGAGACCGGCCACCUCCCUAGCUGGGCUGUGUUUUCUGCUUCAAGAGAAACCAUAUGUGUCAUCCCUGCUGUCAGAGUGGCAUGUGCAGGGAAUUGUGUGACCUGCAGGAAGGAUAUUUUGAAAUUAGGUCAGAAUUAAGGCAUGGCUAAAGUUUGGGGAUGAGUCUGCCACUUUUCUAUGCCUUACACAUGUAAAAGCAUAUUGUCUUCCCGGCACGGGUCAGUGCAUUUCAGGAAGUAACUGACAGGGAAGGAACCAAGGUCUCUGGAACAAAAUGCAAGAGUUGGCCUGAGGUCAUUGCUCCAACUAGACAGGAAUAGGGCAAGUCCAUUCUGGGUCAUCGUUCAGAAUAAGGAUGACUGAUUCAGCUAAAGGGAAGGAUCUGUGUACCACUGUGUUUCCAAUGCCUAGGAGAGAGUGCUUAGCCCAUCAGAGGUGUUCAAAAACGUUGAAUGAAUAAAUGAUCUGCAGAAAUGGGCACCAGAAAGGAGAACAGGCCUGCAGUCCUUUAUUCUCCAUACAGUGUCAUUCCUGCAUAUCCCAGAGCCAUCUAAAAACCAUUCUGAUUGCCCCCUAAUGCCAGUUUCCUCUUCUGUAAGGGCCACUAACAGCUCUGAUCCUGCCUCCCUCACAGGAUUGUUAUGAGAAACAAGCAAGAUAAUGCAUGUGAAGGGGCUUUCUCCACAAACAGUGAUGUUCUACAAUGUGACUUUUUUUUGCUCCUGGCAGAUCUAUCCUCCACAUGAGAGUUGGAGACUUCAUUGCCAUUUCUUUUCUGAUAGUGUUAAGUUGAAAGGCAUGCAGGAAAGCUGCAUUAUUAUUAGAUAGGUUACAUCACUUUCCAGCUUAUUUUGAAAACCAAAAUCUUGCUCUAUCCUUGGCCAGCACCUCACUUUCCAUUGUCCUUCCAACCCAUUGUCUUUUGUAACUCAGCCUAGCAGGGUCUGGGAGGCCCAACUUGACUAAGGAUGUUACCAUCCUGUCCCCCAUGCUGACCUUCUACCUGCUGGUUGCUUGCAAACCGGGAACCACAUCAUCAACUCAUGUGGGUGAGAGGUGAGAUGAGUCACAACACUGCUUUCUUUCCCAGAGAGUGGCUGCAAAUAACUUAGGUUUCCAGGAGCUGCCACAUCGCUCUUCCUCUUUUGCUUCUUAAUGUUGGCAGUGGGAAAGAGUUGGAGGUGGAUUCCUAGACCCAGUCUGGCGUUACUCUGCAUUAUCAUAUUUCACCAUCUGCAAUAGGGUCACCAACUGGUGUGCCGCAGGCUGGUCUCAGCUGGCAAAUAUAUUUUGUCCACAUAAUGUUUUUUAAAUUAAAAAAAAUUAAUUGCCAGCACUUUAAAAACUGGAGAUACUAUAUAAAAAUCUAGAUGUCUAGAACCUCUUGAAAACUGUUGAGCCUAGGAAAUAUUGAUUUAUAGAAAUGCACCCUAUAUUUUGAGACAAAAAUGAUUUCAGGAGUUUUGCAAGGCUUUGCCCUGAAGGAAAAUGUGAACCUGUUAGUUCGCGUAUCAAAAGCUGCCUUGUCUCAGGAGGGCGUAUCAAUGAUCAGUAGUGGCUGCUUUCCAAGGUGAGGCUGCAGUCUCAGGCGUGUGAUUCUCACCUGCUUUGAAAGACAAAGCAGGUUUUUGCAUGGAGCCACGGGAUGGGGAGCUGAUCAAUAAAGACAGGCUGCCGAGAUGAGAGCUGAUCAAUGAGAUAUGCCGCCCGAGCUGGGGCCCAGACAGACCCAUGCAGUUAAAGUAAUUAGCAUAAGGGACAGCUCAUGAUUGACUUCUGAAAUCUCUGUUCUAAUACACAAUAACCAGAGCCACGAUGUCUCUGCUUUUUGCUAAAGUAAUAGCUUUAUCUUAAAACUUAGAAGUUUGCCCUAAAAAGAUUUUGUAACAAUUUAUCCACAUAGAUAGAGUUAAUUAAGGGAUCUGUAGAAUCCUUUUGGAAGACUUUGAACCUAAACUGAACUACUUGUUAUUAUGUAAAUCCUGUUACCCCUGGCACCCGAAACACUGUACCUAUAAAUACCUAUGUAAAACUUCAGUCACGGUUGCUCGUUCUGAUGGGAAAGACAUGUAACCCUCCCCUGAGUACCCUCCUUUGUCUAUCUUCCUAAAUCUAUUCUUUAUAAACUAUAUUUUUGCC